AUGGCCAAAAUACCAUUAGUUACGAUAGACCUUGCAAGGUCGGGAGACAGUGCUGCGAUGGAACGGCUGUCCAACCUACUCUCCCGUUCCAACUAUACAAUCUCAGUUCUCGAGGCCGUACUCGAAAAUAUGAAGGUGGACUCACACGGUCGUACUACAAUCGCCCACCCACAUUCCCGGUAUACCCUAUCCGCCUUCACCGCCUGCGUUGCCAGCUGCGACUCGACCGCCUCCAACACCCGAAGCACCGUCACCAAGCUUCUCGACAACCUCGACGACAUCCUAACCUGGAUCCACCAAUGCUUCUCCUCCUCGCGUUCAGAAGCCGGUAUGACGUCCAAACAGAUCUUGAACUUGGCCUGUUGGGCAAUCGUGCUGAUGAUGGAGCUGGACGAACGGCUCGAGCAGUCGCUGCUGCUGUCCUCCGAGACGCUGGGGAUCGCGUUCCACGCGUGGACGAUGCAGACGUCCGACAAGAAGCCGUUCAUCGCCGUCCACCAGGACCGGGGCUGCGCCAUCCUGAAGCUCGCAGCCAAAGUGGCGGGCCGGGACGAAAGCCUCUACCCCUUCGCGGACAGGAUCACGUCCAACCAAACGACGCUCGUCAAGUUCUGCAAAGCCUAUUCGCUGCGGCUCCUCCUCUUCCCCGAGGUCCUCCUCCAAGACUCUGAGACGACCACGAACGAGCUCAUCACGGAGCAAAUCUCGCUGCUGAUCAACCUCGGCGCGCGCCUCGGGCAGGUCACCGCCGUGUACAAGGAGCUCCGCCGGCAGAUGUUCCUGCGCCUCGCGAUGAAGGCUAUCACCAGCUUCCUCCUCCGCGUCCCGCUGCCCGUGAUCUGCGGGCUGACGUCGGUCGUGUUCAGCAUGGCGUACUUCCCCGCGUGCGACCCCGUCGCGGGGUUCGUCGACGUCGUCGAGAACGGUGCCCUGCCGGUUUUGAUGGGUGGGAUGCUCGGCCCGUCGGUGGCGGUUACGGAUCCGGAGGUGGUGGGCACUAUCUUCCAUGCGUGGAGAGCGUUUUCGUAUUACCCGAGAGGGAUUAGGGCGCUGCAGAAGGCGUUUUCGGCUGCGCCACGUCCGGUGCUGGAGAAGAUGAGAGCGGGGAGCGGGCAGAUUGAUCCCACGUCUUGGACGCAUUUCAUGAAGACGCUGAAGUGGAGGGAGGAGGUGCUCGAGUCGAUGACGAAGGAUAAAGGCGCGAUUUAUUUUUGUGAUAGUGAUGAUCACUUUACGAGACAUGGACCUGAAGAGUUUACCCCGUCGAAGACGUGCUCCCGGUGCCAUUCGGUCAUCUAUUGCUCAGCGCGUUGCCAAAAGGAAGACUGGGAUAUCAGACACCGCACGGAGUGCAAACGAAUGAGGGAUAGCUAUCGUCUCUGCAAGCAACAAGGAAUCCACUACACGCAGUUCACUCGAGCCUUCCAUCUCGCCAUUACCGACGCCGCCUUCGACCAGACUGUGACCAAAAUGGAUGGUGUAUGUUCGCGCCAGUUCCCGGGUGUCCCGAAGAACAAACUCGUCGUGGAAUUUGAUUUUUCAGGCGACGUAAUCGGCCGCUCCGCCUCCCGCAUCGUCCACAUCGACCAAUGGAUCGACGCGCGCAAGGGGAUCGUCCUGCCCACCUGCAUGAGCACGCACGAGCGCGGCAUGCGGAUCCUCCGCGACAGCGUCCAUCGGGGCUACCUCUGGCAGGACGCGCGAGAUGUCCAGGUGGUCACUAGUAUUUUUAGCUUCAAUACCCAUUUUAGGGUUGCGCUGCUUGUGGAGUUUGUGCAGAGUAGGGAGGGGGAGUGGGUUGUUGGGAGGAAUGUUGCUAGUGUUGAAGUUAAGGCUGCGGAUAUUGAUAACGCUGGGAAGAGGGUGUUGGGAUUCUUGGAGCCUCUGUAUUAG